AGGCCCAAACCGUCAACUUAAGCAACCUCACUCUCCAACCUCCCACUCCUCAUUCCUUCUCAACCAUGAAACUCACGCUCCUCUCCUUCUUUGUGAUUUCAUUCAUCCACUUCUCACACUCCAUCCCCGAAAAAUUUACCUCCAUUUUCAGUUUCGGUGACUCCCUCACCGACACCGGUAACUUUCUUCUCUCUGGAGCCCUCACCUUUCCAUCCAUCAGUCAACUCCCUUAUGGCAUGACCUACUUCCACCGGCCCACUGGUCGUUGCUCCGACGGACGCCUUGUUGUAGACUUUAUCGCUGAGUCCCAAGGUCUUCCAUUUCUCCCGCCAUACUUGGCUUCGAAUCAAACAUUCCGACAAGGAGUGAAUUUUGCCGUUGCCGGUGCCACGGCAAUGAACCCUGAAGUUCUUCAUGACAUGGGCAUCAGUCGUUACAUCUGGACCAACUACUCCUUGUCCACCCAACUCCGGUGGUUCGACGAGCUGAAACCAUCUCUUUGCAAAACCACCCAAGAAUGUAGUGAAUACUUCAAGAAAUCCCUCUUCCUCGUCGGCGAAAUCGGCGGCAACGACUACAACUACGCUUUCUUUUCCGGCAAGACUGCAGCUGAAGUUACUUCCAUUGUGCCCAAAGUCGUGCAGGCUAUUGCAGAAGCCAUUCAAGUGUUGGUGAAAAGAGGGGCAACGAACCUGCUGGUGCCGGGGAACUUACCGGUGGGGUGUUCGUCGGCGUACCUUACGCUGUUUGCAACGGAGGAGAAGGAGGAGUAUGAUGUCCGGAAUGGGUGUUUGAAGAAGCUGAACGCCUUCGCAAGGUAUCAUAAUGAGCUGCUACAAUUGGCAAUGGAGGAGCUGAGGAAAAAGUACCCGAAAACAAGGAUUAUAUAUGCGGAUUACUACACUGCGGCUAUGCGAUUCGCGCAUGCUCCAGGCCAUUUUGGUUUUGGUCGUGGGGCCCUACAAACAUGUUGUGGAGGUGGGGGCCCAUACAAUUUCAACGUAACGGCUCGUUGCGGUCAUCCGGGAUCACAUGCAUGCGUGGACCCUUCAGAUUACGUGAGCUGGGAUGGCAUUCACCUCACUGAAGCUGCUUAUCACCAUAUCGCAGAUGGUUUGCUGAAAGGCUCUUUCACUGAUCUCCCUCUUAUGAUCUGAUUAUCAUUUAAUUUAAAUGUUUCUCUUAGUAAGUACUAUAUAUAUUUUGGAGAUAAUGAGGAAAUAAAUAAUUAAUAAAAUUUACUUGUUUUGAU